GCUGUCUCCACACUGGGACGUCCCGGCCUGCAGGGGCUGGCCUGGCCCGGGGAGAAGUGGGUGCCACUGGGGGCUCCUGCCUCCCACCAGAUCCCAGCUGCAGGGAGCCUCCGAGAACUCUGGGCAGUGAAGAACUGGGGGAGCUCCCAGAGAAGGGCAUCAUGGCCUGCAGGAAGGGCUGUGCAGACAGUCAGACCAGGUGGGCCCUCGCUGGCAGUGCCAGCAUGGCUCUGGUGUUCGCCAUCGGGAUGGUCCUGGGCUUCACGCUGCAGCAGCAGACUCGGCCAGGCUGUGAGCAGGCGGCCUGCCGCCCGGAUGCUGACAUGCUGGACUACCUGCUGAGCCAGGGCCAGAUCAGCCAACGGGAUGGCCUGCUGGUCACCUGGUACCACGCUGCCAACAGCCAGGAAGAGAUGGGGGCUGCCCUGAGUGGCAACGCCAUGGUCCUGGAGGCAGACGUCACGGUGGAGGGGCUCAAUACAGCCAACGAGACAGGGGUCCCCGUCAUGGCGCACCCCCCGGCCGUCUACAGCGACAACACCCUGCAGCACUGGCUGGAGGCUGUGCUCGCCUCUUCUCAGAAGGGCAUCAAACUGGACUUCAAGAGCCUCAAGGCUGUGGGCCCCUCCCUGGACCUCCUGCGGCGGCUGACAGAGGACGGGAGAGUCCGGAGGCCUGUGUGGAUCAACGCCGACAUCCUGAGGGGCCCCAAUGUGCCCAUCUCAGUUGAGGUCAAUGCCACGCGGUUCCUGGCCUUGGUUCAGGAGAAGUAUCCUGAGGCCACCCUGUCUCCGGGCUGGACCACUCUCUACGAGCCUCUGCUCCCAAACGGGACAUACACCCGAGCCAUGGUGGAGGAGAUGCAGGGGCUGGUGGGAGUGCUGCCGCAGAGGGUCACCUUCCCCGUGCGGGCUGUCAUGGCGCGGGCUGCCUGGCCCCACUUCAGCUGGCUGCUGGGCCAAUCUGAGAGGUACAGCCUGACACUGUGGCAGGGUGCCUCGGACCCCGUGUCAGUGGACGAUCUCCUCUACAUCCGGGACAACAGCGCCACCCACCAAGUCUACUAUGACCUCUUCGAGCCUGUCCUGUCGCAGUUCAAGCAGCUCGCGGUGAACACGACAAGGAAGAAAAGCUACUAUACCGGGGGCAGCCUGGCCCCUCUUCUCCAGCUUCCCAGGGGGGAUGGUCUGAGCGUGGAGUGGCUGGUUCCUGAAGUCCAGGGCAAGGGAAGAACAGCAACGGUUCAAGUCCCGGACAGAGAAGGCAUGAUCCUGCUGAACAUUGGCCUCCGGGGGCCUGCAGCUGGGGACCCUGUGCCUAUCGUACGUGUUCCAGGUGGCCCUGCCCUGACGCUGGAGUCCUGCCUGCUGCAGCUUGCCACGCACCCUGGACGCUGGGGCAUCCAUUUGCACAUAGCAGAACCCACAGCCCUCCGGCCAUCCCUGGCCAUGCUGGCCCACCUCUCCACCCUUGGCCACCUGCCUUGGCCUGUGUGGGUUGGGGCCACAGUCUCCCACGGGAGUUUUGUUGUCCCUGGUCACGUGGCUGGCAGGGAGUUGCUUACAGCUGUGGCCGAGGUUUUCCCCCACGUGACAGUGGCCCCAGGCUGGCCUGAGGAGGUGCUGGGCAGUGGCUACAGGGAACAGCUGCUCACGGAUAUGCUGGAGUUGUGCCAGGGCCUCUGGCAACCUGUGUCCUUCCAGCUGCAGGCUGGGCCACUGGGCUGGAGCAGGGCUGCAGCUGUGGCCAGGCUGCUGGCAGCCUCCGCCCGGGCCACCGUCACGGUGGAGCACAGCCCUGCAGGGGGCAACUAUGCAUCUGUGCGGGCAGUGCUGCUGGCAGCCAGGGCUGUGGACAGGACCCGCGUCUACUACAGGCUGCCCCAGAGCUACCGUGAAGACCUGCUGGCAGAUGUUGGCAGAAACUGACCACCUUGUGGU